AUGGCUUUUUCGUCGAGUGCUGCCGCUUCUUCAAGCCAGGACGCCUCAUCUGGUGCUGCUUCGUCCGCAUCAACUAUCGCUGCGUCCACCAAAGCUUCCUCUUCGUCAGCUGCCUCGCCGACAUUGACUGACUCAGCUGAUACUAGACCGACUUGCCCUGGAGACAAUGGCAAGACAUUCACAACCGCAGCCGGUACGUUCGUGAUCGAAUGUUACGUCGAUCGCUUCAACAACGACCUUGGUCCUGCGAGCUCGAACCCCACCGACUAUGCUGGCUGUCUGAACGCGUGUGCUGCGACUUCUGGCUGCAAGGCUGUUUCAUACGUACCUAACGGUGCUUGUUACCUAAAGAACGGCAUUGGAGCUCCAAGCACCAAUAUCGGAAUCUGGGGUGCCAGUCUCGUCUCUGGCGCAAGCUCUACUGGCCCUGGUGCUGCGAGCAUGGCCUCCUCUGCAGCUACCUCCUCCGCUAGUACAUCGACUCUCGCUAGCACCACUUCUACAGGUCCUGUUGCAACAUCCUCUGUUGUUUGCCCUGGCAGCGACGGUCAGACAAUUAGCACCCAGGCCGGAACAUUCGUCGUCGAGUGUGGCAUCGACCGCGCUGGUGGUGACAUGGCUAACUCGCCAGUAUAUCCUGGCUCGUACGUGGGUUGUGUUGCAGCCUGCGCCAGUCGCGAUAGCUGCGUCGACGUGUCUUAUGUUCAGAACGGGCCUUGCUACCUCAAGAGCAUCGCUGGCACUCCCAACCCGAAUGCCAACAUCAUUGGUGGACGGUUGAUCACUGUCACGUCGAGCUCCAGUUCAGUAGCGUCUUCGUCGGUUGCAGCUACAUCAUUGGCUGCUACCUCGGGGCCUGCCGCACCAGUGCAGACUGUCACUGUUACGACCACAAUCAGCGGGACAGGUUACCAAUGUGCUUGCACACCAAGCGGUGGACUCGGCUCUGGAACAGCUUCUUCUGCCACUGCAUCUGCGACUUCAGGUGCCCAACUGAACUGCCCAGCUUCCGAUGGGUCAAUUUUCACUAGCAGCUGCGGUGCUACAUAUCGCAUUGAGUGCUACUCCGAUCGCUACGGUGACGACAUUCCGGGGGGUACAUCGUACACCAACACACUUGAUGAGUGUAUCGCAGACUGCGACAAGACCAAUGGAUGUGUAGAUGUCUCGUACAUCCGAGGAUCUCCUGGUCCUUGCUACAAGAAGAGCAGCGUCGCGGCGAUCCAACGGAAUGACAACGUUUUUGGCGCUCUCCAACUUACAGGUUGCACAUCGAGCAUCAAGCUCAAGCUCCACCGCAAGCGUGUUGUUCGGUCGCCCACAACGCCGAAGAAGAUCAUCCACAAGCGCGGGGUUUUCGGUCCUGACUUCACCUACACUCAGGGUACCACCACGGUCACCCAGACAACUACGUCGACCUCCGUCCACAACACAACCGUGUAA